AUGCACCUGCUCGAUCAAAUCCAUGGAUUCUACAAGGCGGCGCUCAAUCGGCUGCCGGUAAAGAGGGUUCCCUCACUGGCGCCGCGCCUUGUGGAGGCCGGCGUGUGCCUCGGCUACCUAGACCCAGUCUCCAACAUUGUCAUCAACACCAUCUCCUAUUCCCCUUCGGCGCCGUUGCCCAACACAAAGGAGGAUGUACUGACGAGGAAGUCGAUCUUGUCCAAGAUCAUCACCGACACUGACGACCACAGAGUCUUUGAACUACCGCUGUGCCCAUACACGGCAGAGAGCAUGACGGUCGCGCGGCGGUCGCUGGAAGGUCUGGUGAGCUUCCUCAUCUUCCACUACCGCUACCUCCCGGAGGCGGAAGCCCUGCGCUACCUCCGCCUUGCUAGGGCUGAUCUCCUCGUCGCCGUGCGGCUUAUCGACCAAGAUCGGAGCAAGAGCACGCCUUCAGUGUCCGGCGCUGGCCUGCUUCACGGCAAGCCCACGUUCGAUGUCACCUCCCCUGCAGCCAAAAUAGCCCUGCACUGUGCAGCCACCUCUACGAGGCACCCCGAGCCAGCCAUCCUGGUCAGCUCGUCAAUGUCAGUGGCAUCUCGGCUGGUCGAGGUCUCUAAGUUUGUCCAGGAUUAUGACCGCCUCUCCGCUGAGAACGUAAGCUGCCUCCACCAGUUGGUCAGGCAGGCGCCUCAGAAUAUGGACACCAUGAGCAUAUGGCGUCCCCUGCAUCUUGCUGGUGUACGUCUCGCCAAUGGGAAGAGGAAGAGGAAGCUAAAGGAGAAAAAGAUGAAAGAGAAAAAGAAGAGGAGGAAGGAGGUAGAGAGGACAUUUGGAUAUACAGAGGCUCUGAAGCUGUUGCUUCUCGACAAGAUCCAUGGACUCUACCUACAGGCUAUUUCCAGGCUAUCCGGGGAUGGCUUGUGCAACCGUCUCCGCUGCAGCCUCCUCAAGUCGGGCUAUUGUUAUGGCCCAAUGGAUCCUGUCUCAAACAUCAUCCUGAACACCGUGUGGUAUGACUCGACAUUCUCCACACACCACGAGUUUCAGCUCGGCUUCGAGGUUGACAUGAUAUGCACCAAUGCCCUGAUGCGCAUCGAGUGCUGCUCUCUCUAUGGCCUCCUGGCCUUCAUCCGUUCCUACUUCAGCUCUCUAACAGAGCAUGAUGCCAUAAGGUACCUGCUCUUAGGCAAUGCUGACAUUUAGUCAGCCAUUAAGAUGGCAGAAUUAAGAUGGCAGAAUUGGAUGACUGCUAUGUGUUAUGACCACGACGGCUAUAAGGAAGCAGCGCUUGCUUCAUGGCACCCUGACCCUGACGCUCUGGUAAAAUUCUUUUCUUCAUCCUUAAUCAUGGAACCCACUGAGUCAUGUGUGCCGACUCAUGCACUUACGAACUGUGCAAUUGAACGCCUCACUAUGUUGAUUUCACCCAAAUCUUCAUCUACCAAAUCAGAGGAGCUGGUUCAGCAACAUGAUGAUGUGUCCCCAAGCUCAGAGAUCUUGUCCGAAAACCAGAAAAGGUUCAUUAGGGAGAUUCAGAAGAAAUUUAAGUCUGACCAAGGAUUCUUUGUCAGGAAGGUCAAUGCUGUGCUGUUCAGAUACAGUCAGGAAACAGGGGUGCAGUAUGAACUUCAGGUUAUUUGUGGUGUAAAUCCGGUUGUGGUUGAAGGUGCAAGUGUUGCCCUUUUUAAGAAGAAAGGAAAAUUCGAAUACUCUCAUAUCAACUUUUGGGCAACGCCCAAGGGAUCAAAUUUUGCUACCCCAGGCCCAGUACUAUUCUUUGCUCAAUGCAGCAACGGUGAUAAAGAUGAGGAUGAAAGACCAUCCAUGUGCGUCCCUGUAUCGACUUCCUGGAUCUCUGAUGUUCGUUGUUUUAACUGUGAGCGUAAAGGAAUAAAAAUUGUUCAUCCAUAUGAUGAAUCUUAUCAAGGGCGUUACGAUGACUUCAUGGAAAUGGCCCAGGGAAACCAUGGAUUCUGUAACGAAGACGUUAUCGGCUCAUGUGAUUUCUAUGCUGAUGUGAAGUGCACGUUAAAGGAGGAUUGGAUAUUUUUCGAUCCCAACAUGGACUCCAAAAUUUCUCUUGAAAAUCCAAUUGUUGACUGGGCUAGAGCCAAGAAGAGGUUGAAGAGCAGGAUCUUUUGACGCGGUGCUGCUUGAGAUGAUGACGCCAAAUGCCGGUUGUUAGCUAUCGCUGAAAGAAGAUCGAGUUCAUGUUUUCGUCUCGCUCUAUCUCUGUCUCUGCCUCUGUCUCUCUCUAGAGCUAUGCAAAGUGGUGUGCACUGGUUGAUUGCUCCAUCUACAAGCUCUCUUAUGUUCUUUUAGUCAGUUUGUUUACUCUGGGAUAUAUGCAAAUGCCACACGUACUAAUGUUUUGAGUUUAUAUCAAUACUGCUGAUAGGAUAAAUCCCCGUUGUUUGGGAGGGACCUGGGUGAUGCACAUCAUUUUCCACUAA